AUGAAGUGUAUAACAGUCGUUUUUGUCGGUAUGAUGUGUUGCAUGAUGACGUUGGCACAGAAUACACCUCGUCGUGAUGCCGAAUAUCCACCCCCGGAGCUGCUGGAGGCCAUGAAACCUUUGCACGAUAUUUGCGUUGGAAAAACUGGUGUCACUGAGGAAGCGAUCAAGAAGUUUAGUGACGAAGAGAUCCACGAGGACGAAAAGCUCAAAUGCUACAUGAACUGUCUGUUUCACGAGGCCAAGGUGGUCGACGACAAUGGUGACGUGCAUCUGGAAAAGCUGCACGAUGCACUCCCGAACUCGAUGCACGACAUUGCGCUGCACAUGGGCAAACGAUGCCUCUAUCCCGAGGGUGAAAAUCUCUGCGAUAAGGCAUUCUGGCUGCACAAGUGCUGGAAGCAGUCUGACCCCAAGCACUAUUUCCUAGUGUAA